UUGUUUACAUUCGCAGCCUCUGCAAACUCUUAUUGACAGCGGAGGGUGGUACACUAAGACUAAAACACAAUAAUAAUAAACUACUCAGGUUUAAUUUACACAUAAUGACUCGAUUAUCUUAUAACACUGUAUAUUUAAGUACAUUAUAGUUUAUAGAGUAUAUUUAUAGUUAUAAUAAAUUACCGGCAGCUGAUUAAAGGGAUGUCAGCCGUACAUAGAGCAAACACGUGGGACAUUUCAGAUUCGGAGAAUGAGAGUGAAGACAUUAAAUCAUCAUCAUGUGUAACACUCGAUCAGAACACGUCUAUAAAUGAAUCAAACACUUCUCCACCCUCCACCCAGGCGGAAGACAGCAGCAUCAGCGCGGAUGGAGUGAAGAUUUCCGGCAGGAGGAGGAGGAGGAGAGAGGAGGUGCUGGAGGAGCGGGAGGCCAAAGAGAGACGGAGAGAGGAGAAGGACAAACUCAAAGAGAAGAAACUACAAGAGCAACAGAGAAGAAAAGAGGCAGCGGAGAGACUGAACCUGUUAAAACCUGAAAACUUCAUUAAGAGUCUGACAGCUCACAUUCAUGCAGUGCUGUUGCAGGAUGCAGGCUGUGAUGUUUUGCUCAGGAAUCUUGAUGGGUUGCAGUGGAGGAACCAGAUAGAGAAUCAAGGUCUUCCGAACAGCAUCCGCUGGACACAACAAGCCCUUCAGCAGACUGAGGAUGAGGAUAAAAAUGAAGUUAUUGAAGAAGAUCAGGUCCUGAUGGUGAUUUCCCAUAAUGAGUUAGAGGACAUGGUGAUGUCACAUAAAACAGUGACCAAUCAGUCGGCUCUUAUUGGUGAAAUGUAUGAGGGGUCUGAGUCUCUGUUGAAUCAUCUAUAUAAGUACUUGACCACAACUGCGGGGAAAGUUGUCACAAUUCUAGCGAUAAUCAGUCAUCAGCAACGAUCAGGAUCUUGGGGUGAAGAUGAUCUUGACCUUCACCUCAGUCAGCAUCGUCUGGACACAGAAGAGCUGUUGGUUCACCUCCAGCUCUACUGGAAUGUGGCAGUUCACUUCCUGUUUGGCUGGCAGGAAGUGACCGAUCAUGUGGUUGCACUUACCAAGGCUUUAUCUAAGAGACCUUACAAGGCGUUGUGUGGCGCCCCUGAUCUGGGCUUCUGCAUGAACGGCUCGUGGUCAGCGGGUGUGCGAGUGGACAGAGACGGCCACGGUCUCGCUCAGGUGUGGACACGUCAGAUACAGCAGCUGAACCGCGUCAGUCCAGCCAUGGCCAAAGCCGUGACGACCGCCUACCCUUCCCCUUCCCUCCUGCUGAAGGCCUAUGAGGAGCUGCCGUCUGAGGAGGAGCGGCGCAGACUAUUGGCUGAUCUCCCUGUAGUAGGCGGAGCCAAAGAGAGGCGCGUCGGUCCUGAUCUCGCUGGCCGUGUCCAUCGCCUCCUCACUUCCCAGAAUCCUCAUCUACUGCUGGAUUAGGACCAGUGUGGAAUGAAAAACGAUUUGUGCACUUUAUAACCAGCAGACUACAGAAAAUUAAACUUUUUCUAAAAGUUUGAGCCUCAAAUUAAUACAUUCAUCCUCCAAAAUGAACAUUUUCAUUGCUUUGCUAUAACAAUACUAAAAUAACUCCUUGGCCUUGGCUGCUUGUAAAAUAGCUCCACAGUCUAUCAUGGGUUCGAUUGUUAUAUAAAUGCAUUCAAUGCAACCCUGAUUGUGCACUUUAUAUUGCUUGGAUAAAAGCAUCAAUCACAGAUGCAUUCAUGCAGGCAGCACAAACACGGUUCAGGAUAUGAUCAGGAGUUUAAUACAUGUGAUACAUAAAAAUCAUAAGGAGUAAAUCAGAUUCUACAAAACAAAAAACACAUGCAAUAAUGAAAUGAGCUUUUUUAUUGUUGUUUUUUUACUGCAAAACAAUGCAAUCAGUAAGAAAACAUGCAAAAGAGUACAAAAUCAUUCACUCAUCAAAUGAUGAUCUUAAUCUGAUAUUAAUAAUAAGAUAGGGGAGGUUGAACUAAUAAAUGAAAGUUAAGUGAAUAAAUACAGAAGGAUAUUCUACAGAUAUGCAUUAAGUUGUCAUAGCAGAGCUGUAGCUCUCUGGUAUUGAAUUACGAUAAAAUAUUGUAACGCUUUAUUUAACAGACCAGUUGACAGGCUCAGAUAUUGAUCACUCAGCCUGUGCUGGAUCUAUAGAUGCCAGGAAGUUUUUCAUGAGGCUUAUGAUGUUCUGAGCCCAUCUCUCUGAGUCCGAAUGAAUAAACACAAAUUAAUAUUUAAAGUGUCAUAGAACUAAUCUGCUGCUUUUGAGGUUUCAAAUAGCUGAUGACCAAUCACAGCCAGGCCAUAGCUUCAGAUUCAACUACAAGUAAAGUAAAAUAAGAUGUUUGGCAUGUCUUGAUCUACCUUAAUAUAUAGGAUAAACUUCUCAAAAUAAGGGAGGGAGGGUUUCCUAACUAGUAUUGGCACAGGAAAUCAGCAAGUUUAUAAGAAAUGUAAACCUUCAACGCCAUCCUGAACCCUGUAAAUGAUUGGAAAAAGAAACUUACUAAGAAAAAGGAGGGUGAGUUUGAUUCACUAGAUUUCAUGACGGUUAUACUCCAGUGAAUGUGUUUUGAUCGUUUGGCAAGGGAGACGACGCAGGAUGAGGUUGAGUUGAACAGCGCGACGUGUGGUUGCGUGGAACGGUUCACGUAGCAAUGACAAUUAUGCCACUCAUCCAAAUGUUGUUCCAAAAAACCAUGUUUUUCUGUAGGACACAAAAUUAAUGUUCUUCAAGAAGAUCUCAUACUUGCAUGAGGGCUGCACGAUUAUUAAUUAUAAUUACUAAAUAAAGAAAAUUAUAUAUUUCACUGUAAAAUAAAGUAUU